CAACAAGACACAGAAACAGAAAGAAGAGACAACGCAGCAGGACAGGCACACACUCCUCCUCCUCCUCCUCACAGACACUCAGCUCCCCACUGAAGAUGCAGUUCUGUGGCUGUUUGCUGUUCUCCUGCCUGCUGUCCAUCAAUCUGCUGCACUGCAGUGUCGACGGCUUCAGAGUCCAACAUCAACCUCAGCAUGUAGACUGGCCCGCGUUGAGGCCUCUGGCAUCUCUUCAGCCCCGUCUUGGAGGGGUGAAGCCAGGGGAGGAGCUAACAGCGAAGUUGCUCCGAUUGGAUGACCUGGUGAGGAUGGAAAAUGAUGUCAUGGAGCCAAAGAGGAAGAGGAGUUUCCCUGGCAACAACGCACCUCUAGACCGCCUGUCAACCAGCUCCAUGGAAACCAAACAGGCAGCAAACAAGCAGAGCAAAGCAGUGGAGUUGCCACGGCGACGAGUCAAUCCUCCUCCCAUUGACAGGAUUGGCAUGAGUCGUCUACCAAACAGGAGAGGGUAGGCCACGCCCCCUCCCCCUGAUAGCCCGCCCCCUCUCUACAGCAGCCCCCUCUGGACAGAGGAAUCACCACUGAUGCAUGAAACAGCCAAUCACCAACUGCCAGUCACCUGCUGAGACACGCCCACCACCUGUCAAUCACACAUCAAUGCUCCACCUUCAUUUUCACUUGGACACCAACCAACCCCAACCCCCCUUCACAGCGAUGAAUGUUCAGUGAUGGUGCAUUCAGGUGCUGCUUGGUAAAUUCAUCACAGGUGCAGGAAAGUCAGGACCAAAGAAAAACAAAUGAAAGCUCUACUGUUUUAUUUGAAUGAUCCAUGUGGUUUGAUCAGUCUUUAUGUCUUAAUAAGAAACUUUAAACUUUCAAGCACAUUCAAAACCUCAUUUAGUUAUUAUAUGAUUCUACACUGAACUUAACCUGAAGUUUGUUACACAGACAUAUCUGGGAAGGCUUCAUUGGAAACUUUGGAAAAAGGUCAAACAUUUAAAAAAAAUACUUGGCAGAUGAUUGUAUUAUUGGAGCCUGAAAAGAUGGAUUUGAUUUUCACUUGUGUGAAAUCAAGCUGCUGUGCAUCUCCAACGUCUGAAGGAUAAAACGUCUGCACUAAAACAUGGCGACAGUAGUUUAAAUUUUAUGUCACAGGUUGAGGAAUUUUAGAUUUUAUACUUUCUGUAUUGAUAAACAGUUUUCCAGAUAAACAGUUUUCCAGUUUAAAAAAGUUCAAAUCAAAUAUCUGUCCAGAUUUAUGAUCUUGUUGGUUUAUUCUCUGAUCACAUAGAGAAAAUCACAAACCUUCUGUUUGUAAAUUUUCAACUGUAUUUUCUUUAGGCAAAGUUUGUCUCCAGUUGCUGCUCUAAGAUCAAGUCAAGCACUAAUUGAUAAGAAUUGGCUCCUUUAGUUAAAAGUAGCUUUUUUUUUAUUUAGAAAAAGAUGUUUUUAUUUCUUAAAGAGGAAAGUGUAGUUUGUAUUGGUGCUAAAACUCAGAUGUUGUGCUGCUAACACUAACAAAAAACAAUACGAAGCUCUGAAUCAGAAUUUUAUUUGUUUAAUCUGACUUGUUUUACAGAUUUCUCAAAUAUAGAGUUUCUGUUUUGAUAAAUUCAACGUUGAGUUAAUUGAGAGAGAUAUUAUGUGACAGCUGACUUUCGUACCUGAACUGCUAAUUAAAAGCUUCUUAAAAGAUGCUAAUUAAAAGCAUUUUUUUUUAGGGUAUCACCUGAAUGCAUCAUCACCCCCUCCCCUCUCUUGACUCUGACUGGGGGCAUCUGCCGCCUCUACCCUCAAACUGAAACAUCUGACACGACUUGACUGGAUUUUGUCUCAUAGUUUUAUUUCUCCAGCUCCAGUGCAGCAGGUCUGUUCCCAGCAGGACGUUUCCACUGCACCAGACACCAGCUGACCACAGAACAGCUUAGUGAUGAGGCCAAUGUGUCUCCGUGAAUUCAAAAUGACAUGACAAUAAAACUAACUUAAGUUAGUUUUCUUUGAGCAGCAGUCAGUGGUCAUUACAGGAACUGCAGUUUCACUUUCCUUUAGAGAGAGAUAAGGUUUGAACAACAAAAAAUUUGAUUGGAUGACUAUGUACUGUUGGUUUUAGCUUAAUUUCUUAAGCUGCUAUAGUAGCCAGCCCCCUCUGUUGGCCAAAACAAGCAUAACGCUACACGUCUGUUUUUAAUUCACAGUUAGAAAACGAGGACAGCAGCCGACAACAACAUUAGCAUGAUGAAUAAUCCCUACUGUUAUAAUUCAGUCUGAUUAUCAGGCUACAGAUACAGUUGGUGAUCACAAGUUUUGGUCUCUGUAUGGGCUCAAUACCAAACCUGGCAACCUCACUGUCACUGGACUUCCACAAUAAUUCCAGCAUGUAACUCAUCGGAGAACUUCAAACUGUGGUAGCAGUGUUGACAGGCGUGUGUGUUUUUGAGGCUAGCUGUUUCCCCCUGCUUUCAGUCUUGAUGCUAAUCAAAGGCUAACACAUCCUGACUCCACCUCUGUACUAGGGCUGCACAAUAAAUAGAAAUAUAAUUGACUUUGCAAUAUGGCCAAGUACAAUAUCCAAAUCUAAGGAGCUGCAAUUUGUUUUGAUAAAGGUGAAAUGUGUCACAACAUUGUGGUGCUAUAAAUCAUAUUCUCCAGCAGUAAAGGAACAUGUUUAUUUGAUACAACACCAACAAAAAUCACAUCAUCAUCAUCAUCAUCUUUUUUUUCCAGUGAAAAUUAAAUGCAAAAAAUUAUCAUUCCAACUGAAAUCAUAAUAUCGGCCAAAAUAAUCGCAAUAUUUUUUUUUUGCAUUUCGUGCAGCCCUACUCUGUACCGAACACUUCACUCUCACAGAGAAAGACAAAAAUGCUAACUACUCCUUUACAAAUGGUCAGACCUUUUGACUGUAUUAUGCAUUUACAUUAGCUCAGGCUACAAGUCCUAAAAAAAACCUUAACAAGUCUCAACAUGAAGAGUUCAUCCACUACAUCCACAACAGAAGACAAUGUUUCAGUGUUUAAAAGGUUCAUCUCAUUUCUUUUACAUGGACUAAAACUAUCAUGUAAAACUGUCAGCAGCAGGUUCAGGUUCAUAUGAGUGCUGAAUCAGCACAUCGCUGUGACCUGAACCAUGAAUAAGAUUUAACGGCUGACUGUAUCUGACUGUGUCGGCUGCGACACACUGGUGCAGUGGAAAAGGUUUCCUCAUCAGAGAGAUGUCUGUGUCUGAUCUGACUUGGUUCCUGUUGACAUUCAGUCCUGUUCACUGACUCUGUUUUAAAUGCUUCUUACUGCCUGAAGUUUAAAUGUGCAUAAUAAAGAGUAAAUGAUCA